CUGUCAGAGUGUGGUGACAUUUGAUCAGAUCCACCGGUGACUUUGCCACACAUCAGACCUUGAGGAAAAACAUAUACCUCACUCAGCAGGAGAAUCCACUGGAUAUUUAUCUUUGAUUAUUCUGGGGAGGGGGGGGCUCUGGCCACAGAUUUAGAGACUCAAGAUGGAGAAGUUGAAGAAUUCAUUGAAGAGUAUGGUUUCGAUAAAAAUCAGGGUAUACGUAAAGGACUACUGCAAGAGGAACGGCCUGUUGACCCUCUCCGUCUUUGCUGUAGUGACCGGAUGUGUGCUGGGGUUUGUCCUCAGGUCAUUUAACCUGUCCACACAGGCAAAGAUUUACUUCUCCUUCCCGGGAGAACUUCUGAUGAGGAUGUUAAAGAUGUUGAUCCUGCCUCUCAUCACCUCCAGUCUCAUGUCUGGCCUGUCAGCCAUGGACACAAAGGCAAGUGGUCGACUCGGAGUGCUGACCGUCACCUACUACCUGUGGACGACCUUCAUAGCUGUCAUUGUCGGCAUUGUGCUGGUGCUCAUCAUUCAUCCAGGAACCGGCUCUGAGAAGGAGGGACACCAUUCAAGCUCAGGGCCUGUGAUGACGUCCGCCGACGCGCUACUGGACCUCAUCAGGAAUAUGAUCCCAUCAAAUCUAAUAGAGGCAACUUUUCAGCAGUAUCGAACAGACCUGGUACCCAUUGUGCAGAACGGUAACGGACAAGACUCUCAGGCCAACUAUGUGUAUGUCAUGCCUGACUACCACAACCCCCGUCUGGGCCACCCGGUCUUCCUGGAGAUCACCCCUGCACCGGACAUCAAGUACAAGAUCGUCCCCAGCACCAGCAAAGGCAUGAACGUACUGGGGAUAGUCAUCUUCUCAGCCACUAUGGGUCUGCUGCUGGGGAAAAUGGGAGAACGUGGAGCGCCACUAGUCAACGUGUGCCAGUGCAUCAACGAAUGCGUCAUGAAGAUCAUUAACGCAGCCAUGUGGUACUUCCCAUUUGGCAUUGUGUUCCUGGUGGCAGGGAAGAUCCUGGAUAUGCACGACCCGGCCCACCUGGGAGAGAAGCUGGGCAUGUACUUCAUCACAGUCCUGUCCGGUCUGUUUGUGCAUGGCCUCAUCCUGCUGCCAGCCUUCUUCUUCUUCUUCACCCGCAAAAACCCCUUCGCCUAUAUCAGAGGAUUGCUUCAGGCUCUGGUCAUUGCUUUGGCCACUUCAUCCAGCUCUGCCACUCUGCCCAUCACCAUGAAGUGUCUCUUGGAGAACUGUGGCGUGGACCGGCAGAUCGCUCGUUUCGUGCUGCCGGUGGGAGCGACCAUAAACAUGGACGGGACUGCUCUGUAUGAGGCAGUUGCAGCCAUUUUUAUCGCUCAGGUCAAUGAAUAUGACUUGGACUUUGGCCAGUUGGUCACGAUUAGUAUUACAGCAACAGCUGCCAGCAUUGGUGCUGCUGGAAUCCCUCAAGCUGGUCUGGUUACCAUGGUGAUUGUCCUGACAUCUGUGGGGUUACCGCCUGCUGAUAUUUCACUAAUUGUGGCCAUUGACUGGGUUCUUGAUCGGUUCCGGACGAUGAUCAACGUUCUCGGUGAUGCCUUAGCUGCUGGGAUCAUGGCUCAUGUUUGUAGGAAGGAUUUUGAGCGAGCAGCUAAUUCUGCAACCACCGCCAAUGCAGCCAGCAACGGAGGGGGUCCCAAACGGAGAGACACAGUUAUCUCCUUCGGCAAUCAGAGUGUGGCGCUGUCCGAGGCUCCUCUGAUGAGUCACCGCUGCGACUUUGUGUUUGAGGUGGAUGGAGACAAUGUAACGGAGCGACCUGUGGCCUCUUACAACCUCUGCCAAGUCUGACAGGACAACUGCCUUCUACAGCGCACAAAAAAAUCCACCUCUUGACCGACAAAUCCAGUCUGACUGAAAGUUGUUGAGAUGACAGGGGUUGGCGGCUAAACUGGACUUCUGCUUGUGCCAUGGCCAAAACCUGCAUUACUUGAUAUUUACUGCAUGUCUCCAUCUAGAUUUGACAAGCGUUUCACAUAAAUCCACACUGAUUAUGGUCUCAAUGUAAACACAGCCACAAUAAUGUGACACAAUUAUGCCCAAAAGAUUAAUGUUUAUCAGUGGAACUUGAUGAAGAUUAAUACAUGUUUAGAUUUCAGUCAAGGUUUUGAGUUGCCUUAACACAAUCGCAGAUUUUGACAGCAAUGCUUGAAAGCUUGAAAAGACUU